CGCAAAGUGUUGGGGCAAUAUUAGCUAAAGUGGGAUUUAAAACAUCGUAUUCGUUGUGCAUUUGAUAGUGUUCAUUAUAAAUUGAGAAGGCACAGUGUGAAAGUCAGCUGAUGACUUAUUUGAUAAAUCUGUGAGCUGAUCUAAGUAUAAUCUUUAGGUCAUUGUUCGGUAUUCUGCGUUGACGUCGUUAGCUAUUUCAACGAGCUCUCGGGGUAGCAUUAACGUUUGGAUGCAAAAAAUAAAAAAUAAAGUUAUGUGGGGUGAGAUUGAACCACAAAUUGAAGUACAAACGGGUUCGUUGGAGAUUACAGACAUACCCACAACAUAUGACCGUAAACCUCCGGAAUCUGGAUGCAAACCAAAUAGCUACGGGAACACUAAAGAGCUACCGCAGCCAACUCCACCAUAUCCCCAGGGUCUAUCCAGCAGUGUGAAUGAUAUGGUAGAAGCAGUGGCUGUGAGUGGUAGCCCAGUGAAGAGCCAGCAGAUAGGAGAGGCUGAGCUGACACUGGCUCAGCGCAGAGAAGAGCUACUGCAACAGUUCAGGAGUAAACCGCUGGUGUUUCUAGAAAGAUACCAGGCUCAUCUGAAGCCCCAGCAUCUGGCAGCAUUCUCCCAUGUCAGCUCUGACCCACGAGCCCAGCACUACUGUCAAGUAAUACAAAGACGGGCAAUAGGACGCACUGACAGAACCCGGGUCCGAAACCAGCGAUAUGCUGCCCUCAGAGCCCUGCAGAGGGAGGGUCAGUAUUUCAGUGAAGAGCAGAUGCGGAUAAGAGAGCCCCUGCUGUAUGAGCAGUAUAUCGGCCAGUAUUUGAAAGAUGAAGAGAUACUGGAGCGCACCCUGGAGGCCAUGCAGGGAGAAACUCAAGGAGAGCUGGGAUGCUCAGGGAAUGGCACAGGGCUCUCCCACAUCCUCGUCAGCUCCUACCAGGAGCGGCUGAUCCAAAACAGGCUGGAGGAGGAACAGGAGAGAGAGAAGGCGGCACAGGAGGAAAACGAGGACGACGAAGAUGAUGAUGACGGAGAAAAGGAGGAGUGGGAGCCCAACCAGGAGGAGAAGGUUAUGCUCAGGGAGGAGUUCAUCAGUCAGAUGCACCAGCGCUUCCUUGACGGCAAAGACAAGGACUUCAACUACAGUGAAGUGGAUGAGAACCCAGAUUAUGACAACUUGGAUAUAGUUGACAGAGAUGCCGAGGAAAAAUACUUUGACGACGAUGAUGGUGAAGAGGAGGAAGAUGAUAACGAUGUAUUAGACGAGGAAAGGGACAAUGAAGAAGAUGAAGAGAUGAUGGAAUAGUUCUUGAAUUGUUUAAAAAAUGCUUCUGUCACUGCACUAUAAAUACAACAUGUAAAAUGUGAAUUGUUUUUUUCUUUAGAUUUUUCACCUCUAUGUUUGUACAUAGAAAGGCUGGUAAUAAAAAUUGUCUUUCUUUGUAGUUUGAGGGGGUAUUGCUUUUUUUUCUCAAAUUGGAAAAAAAUAUGAAAAAAGACAGAUUUUAUUAAUCCCUUAAAGAAACUGAUUGGUGCAGCAGCAAUCAGUCUAAGCAAUAAUACAUAAAACACAGCGAGAGAGACUAAACAUUUUUUUUAGAAACUACAUUGUUGGGGGGGGGGGGUAGGGGGGCUGAAUGUGCUUGUCCAAAGGCUCGUUUGUAAAAUGUACUAUGUGUAAUUAUGUUUGAAUCCUGGCCUCUUGUUAUUCAGCAGUGUGAAUAAUAAUGCAUGUAAGGCAAAAGAUAAAUUCAAAUGGAUUAACAUUCAGUUAAAGAUUUAAAUGCAAAUUGUUUGCUGCAUAGUUUGCAGACAACCGCAACAGUGAGCUAGUAUACCAGAAACUCGCAAGUGGUGAUGAUGUAAGGGAAUAUUUGAACACAUGGCAGGAUGCAAGCUAGGUAGAAUUAUUAUAGGUGGGCAUGAAUUUUACCAACUUUGCAAACACCAGUUCUGUUUGACAGAUUUUUUUUACAGUGCAAUAUGUCAAAAUAUCUGAAAUCCCAAAUUAGGUUUUUAAUCUAAUGUAAACCCCAAGUGCUUCUUAACCACCUUGAUAGCUGAAAAAUCUUUUCACAUGAAAAGGCCCUUAAUCCAGACCACACUGACCAAGUUUUUAUGAUAUGGAAAUUGAUGUGAUA